CUUUACCAUCACUUUCUCUCUGUUCCACUACAGACAUAAAAACACAAUAUACACACACACACUCAAAUCCCACAACAACAACCCUGUCAUGUUGAAUGAUCAAAGAGCUUCAACAAGCCAUGGCAGAGAACAGAAUGAUGAUUAUGAUCAAGAAGAUGAAGAAAUUAUAAGAGAAAUUCAUGCCUUAACCCCACCUCACUCUCAAAGAAGACAAUCACAACACAGUCACCAAUCAUCUCUAUUUUCCAUAGCUAAUGAGAAUUUCACAAGUAUAAGUAGAGAAUUCAGUGCUUUGGUUCAAGCAGGUUCAAGUAUUGACCAUAACAACUUAAGUCCAAUGAUGACUAGUACUACUAGUAAUACUAAUAGCAAUGAAAGAGAAAGCAACAAUAAUAUUAGAAGCUUUCACAACUUGUUGAGGAUUAGAGAAAAUGAAUUGAUGGAAGAAACUAACCCUUUGGCAAUUGUGGCUGAUAACAACCCUUUGGAGCUGCAUCCAUCAUCAUCAUCAUCUUCUUCAAGCACCAUCAAUGGUCAUCAUCAGAGUGAAGUGUCAGUUCAGAGGGUGAAGAAAGAAGAGGUUGAGUCCAAGAUAGCUGCAUGGCAAAACGCUAAGGUUGCUAAGGUUAAUAACAGGUUUAAAAGGGAAGAUGCUGUUAUCAAUGGUUGGGAGAAUGAGCAGGUUCAGAAAGCUAAUUCAUGGAUGAUGAAAGUUGAGAGGAAGCUGGAGGAGAAAAGAGCAAAAGCAUUGGAGAAAAUGCAAAAUGAUGUAGCAAAAGCUCAUAGAAAAGCACAAGAAAAGAGAGCAUCUGCAGAGGCUAAAAGAGGAACUAAAAUUUCAAGGGUUCUUGAGAUUGCCAACCUUAUGAGAGUUGUUGGAAGAGCUCCUUCCAAAAGAUCCUUCUUUUAAGAUUUUUCAAUCUAAUUUGAAUCUCAUUUGUUGACAAAUUAGACCAUAUGUGAGAGCCCCUUAUCCUUUUUAAUUUAUUAUCUUAAAGGGUUAAUGAGGGCUUGCAAUGAGCGCAGUAGUAUAAUUAUAAAGAAAAAUAAAUAUGGAUGUGUAAAUGUAAUACUAUGUGUUAAGUUCAACUACGAUUUCUAAAAUGGUAUCAGAGCCUUUUCAAAAUCUAUUGGGCCAUCUGCUAUUAGACUUUCUCUAUCCGGCCACCAACCAUUUAUGUCCAUGAAUCAAACCUUUUAGUACUGGUCUGACAAUGUGUUUAUAAGUGAGAGUAAUGCUCACCUCACAAGCCAAUUUUAUGGAAUUGUGAUAGGCUCAACUACGAUUUUUAAGACUAUAUAGAAACCAAUUGGAGUGUUUUUGAGUGAUGUAUUACGGUGUGUGUGUUAAAAUUUGAAGACAUGAUCAUUUGUUUGGUUGUGAUUGUUAGUAUUUUAUUUUUUAUUUUUUUGGGUUUUGUACUACAUUAAUAUAUUGUUUGUUGUUGAUAGUAGUUGGCUUCCACAAUUUGCAAAUGCAUUGCCAACACUUAACUCAUGUGUCCAACAUUUAAUGCAAUUUUGUUUAUAAUAUUA